CUUUGAAGCGUCAUUAUCGUUGCCCAUCAAGUUCUCGUUGUUGCAGCCAUGGCGCCGUCGUUGUUCAAGAGCAAGAAGCGCAGCCGCGAUGCCGACGCCGAGAAGGCCGCUGAAUCCGAUGCCUCUUCGUCGUCUUCUUCAUCUGCUGAGAGCAGCAGCGAUAGCGAGGACGACGAGGUAGAAAACGCGAUGUUCCGACCUGCCCCCAAGCUGGCAGAGCCUGAAGAUGAGACCGAAUCCCAACCAGAGCAGGACGAGAAAGAAUCCGACGAUGAGGAGGACUCGUCAUCUGAUGAGGAAGAAGUUGCAGCUCCCGUGAAGCAGGAGAAUAAAAAGAAAGAGAAGAAGGAGCAGCCGGAAGAAAAGGAUGAAGAGCUCAAAGAAGAGAUUGACCGCAAGACGGAGGCCACGGUCUACGUGGAAGGAAUCCCAUACAAAGCCAAUGAAGGCGACUUGGUUACGCACUUCUCGUCUUGCGGUACAGUGCGUGAGGUGCGCAUGCCGCGUUACCAGGACUCUGGAAAGCCCCGCGGCUACGCUCACGUCGUGUUUGACGACGAGACUGCACUGAAGAAGGCGCUUAAACUUGAUGGAAAGUACUUGUUCAACCGCUACCUGUCGAUCAGCCGAGCUGAAGCUCCUCGUGCUGUAGAGAUGGCACUGAAGGAGAAGAACCAGAACGCGACCAAGAAGGCAAUCAAAGGAUGUCGUACGGUGUACAUCAAGCAGCUUCCUUACGAGGUUGAGGAGGACACCAUUCGUCAAGCUUUGGCUUCAUGUGGUACCAUCUCCAGUGUGCGUUUGCCUAUCUGGAACCACACAAAGAAGCUCAAGGGUUUCGGAUACGUCGAGUUCUCGAGCGAGGACGAAGCUCUCGCUGCUGCUCGUCGCAGUGGCAUGAAGAUCGGUGACCGCAUGGUGUUGAUCAGUUUGGAUGCGGCUGGAAGCGCACCCAAGGCUAGCUUCCGUCAACGCGAUGGUCAGUACUGGAGUAAGGGCGAGGAAGCCAAGAAAUCAUUGGCCAAGAAGAUCAGCGAGAAGCAGCAACGUCAAUCCGCCAAUAAGAAGCGGAAGACCAAGUAGAUCUCCAACCGUGUCCAUGAGAAUAGAGCUAUAUACACAUUUUGAUUCAUCAGCGUAGCGCUCAUAACUAAGAGCAACGGGAUACCCGUGCCUAUUAUUGCAGAUUAAGCUCUGUUGUGUCCA